AUGGUGGCCACUUCCUCGACGACGCAGCCCGCCCAGACGGCGCUGGGCCUCGCCAACUCGCCCGCCGCCUCGGGUCUCAACAAGUGCAGGUACAAGACCGGCAAGUGCACCAACGUGCGCUCCAGCAAGCGCAACGGCCAGCCGCACCAGCUGUGCCUGUACCACCGCGACAAGGCCAACAAGAUCCAGCGCAAGUUCGACCGCCAGAAGCGUCAGGUGGCGCGCUCCAAGAAGGCGCGCGACGCGCACGGCGGCCUUGAGUCUCCUUCCUCCAUCUCGAUGCUCGACAUGGCCGCGCUCGCCGGCCUGUCCCCCAUGCCCGAGCACGCCGUGUCCCCCGCCAACUCGACGUACUCGACGUGCUCGUCCACCAUGUCCUUCUCGUCCGUCGCCUCGGACGACGUGCCCAUGUACACGCCCGACUCGAUCGACUGCAGCCUCAACGAGAGCGUGUGGACCGACCUGCCCGUGGUCGCGGCCUCGUACCUGGGCGAGUUCACCGACAUGCCGCUGCCCUCGAGCUGCCACCAGAGCUACUUAUCCUCGGACGAGAUCGACUUCCUGUGCUCCGCUAUUCUCGAGUAA